AUCAAAGACAUUGAAGUGUGUUCUGGCUGCAGAGUCAGGCUAAACCGGCUCCAUUGAUUGGCUGCUCGGCUCCGUGUGUGUGCAGCGUAGUAAAUGCGGUGCUCGGUGACACACACCGCCCUCCUCUCUCCUGCAGCUAGCGGGCGUAUGAAGCGGGCAGCCUGCUGGAAACCCCAUUAUUCCGACCCACCGAACAUGUGCAUUUUUCUAGUCUCUUGAAAUCGUCGUUGUCCUACGUCUAUGUGAUUUCCAGUUGUGCUAAUGAGCCUGCUAGGUGGCUACAAGAAAAAGAGCAGUUAUGAUGGCUACGAAUCUUUGCAGUUGGUCGAUAGCAGCGGAGACUUCUGCACCGGCGGCGGCGGGGCUUUGACGGCGGUAACACUCGGCAUCGGUAAGACAGGCCCGGCGCGACAGGACGACUACAGCACCAUGGACAGCUCAGGCCCUGCGUCUCCAGAUAUGGACGGAAACUAUGGAGGGGGGCUUCUGGAUAUGGUUAAAGGAGGUGCCGGAAAGUUCUUCAGCAAUAUCAAGGAUAACCUAAAAGACACCAUCAAAGACACCUCUACAAAGGUUAUGAAUCAAGUGGCCACGUAUACUAAAGGAGAGCUGGACAUUGCUUACAUCACAUCCCGUAUCAUUGUGAUGUCAUAUCCUGCUGAAGUAGUGGAGAUGGGCUACAGGAACCACACAGAGGAUAUCCGCUCUUUCCUGGACUCACGGCAUGCCGACCACUACACUGUUUUCAACCUGUCACAAAGGAACUAUCGGGGCGCCAAGUUCUCCAACAGGGUGUCCGAGUGCAAUUGGCCUUCCCGACAGGCCCCGAGUCUCCACAACCUGUUUGCAGUGUGUAAGAACAUGUACAAUUGGCUCAAGCAAAACCCCAAGAAUGUGUGUGUUAUCACCUGCUCGGAUGGUAGAGUUCCUUCGGGUGUGCUGGUCUGUGCCAUGUUCUGUUUCUGCCACCUUUUUGCCAACCCGGUGCCAGCCAUGCAGCUUCUCAGCGCAAAGAGACCUGGAUCUGGCCUGUGGCCCUCCCACAGGAGGUACAUAGGUUACGUAUGCAGUUUAGUCUCAGAGAAGCCCACGGUACCUCAUUCGAAACCGCUAGUCAUUAAAGCUGUCACCAUGAGUCCUGUUCCGUGCUUCAACAAACAGCGCAGUGGCUGUCGGCCAUUUUGUGACGUACUUAUCGGCGAGACCAAGAUAUUUUCUACAGCCCAGGAGUACGAGAGAAUGAGAGAACACAGAGUUCAGGAGGGAAAAGUUGUCUUUCCUGUAGGAGUGAGUGCCCAAGGAGACGUUGUGAUUUCCGUCUUUCACAUGCGCUCUCAUGCACUACAGGCCAAGGUAACAAACACCCAGAUACUCCAGAUUCAAUUCCAUACUGGUUUCAUUGCCCCUGGCACUACAGUCUUAAAGUUUAUAAAAACAGAGCUGGAUGCCUGUGAUUCUCCUGAGAAAUAUCCGCAGCUGUUUCAUGUAGUGUUAGACAUCGAGGUGGAAAGCACAGAGAAACAGAAAGAUCUCACACCUCCAUGGGAGCAGUUCCCCACCAAAGAUCUGACCCCUAAUGUGCUUUUUUCCUGCCAUCAAGAACAUCAGGACGCACUGGCCAUUGCAGAUCCAACCCCGGGCCACGGAGGUUGCGGAGGCAGAGUGGGGCCGAAUGAGGAAAGCGAACCCUCGGAUGAUGAGAUGCUCUCCAUAUCCAGCCAGCUGAGCAACACAAGCAACGGCAAAACAAAAGCGGCCAAGAAACCAGAGCUCCAGCCUGCAGCAGCCGCUCCUCCACCUGCUGAAGAAGUAGACCUGCUUGGGCUAGAUGCGGCUCAGCCUCCUCCAUCUUCCCCACAACCUCCCUCCACAAGUAACACCACAGACCUGCUGGGAGAUCUGUUUGGAGCUCCGCCCACAUCACAGCCGGCCAGCGGCCCAACCUCUGCUCAGUCGACUCCUCGGAGAUCCGUGGCCUCUUCUUCACCCUGCCCGUCACCUCGAUCUGGAGACUCUUUUGACCUGUUUGGGUCUGGCACCGCUCCCGCCUCUAAGCCGCAGGACUUCAUGGGGGCAUUCCUCGGUCCAGGUAAUAAGGGGCAGCCAGACCCCUUCCUGCAUGCUGCACGAUCUCCAUCUCCUACAAUUCAGAACAUGGGCAUGGGUCGAAGUUCUCCUGUGCCCCCCACUACCCCCACUGUUAACAUUCAGCAGCAGAGCUCUACAGGAACAUGGGAAUGGAACAAACAAGCAGCUGCAGGUGAAGGGUUUGGGAUCGGAAGCAAGUCCGCUAGCACCAGUCCAACAAGCUCAGUGCACAGCACACCCACCCACCAGGGCAAACCCAACACCCAGGACCCGUUUGCGGAUUUGGGUAACUUAGGAAGCAAUCUGGGAGGUGGAUCAGGAUUCUCCAGCAAACCCACCACGCCUACUGGUACAGGAGGAGCAUUUCCAGCCAUGGGCUCCCCCCAGCGUCCUGCUCCCUCUCCGCAGCACACUGCCUCUGGAAGCUGGCAUCCCGGUACUGGCUUUCCUUCAUGGCAACCUGGUGGUACGGGUCAGCGGCAACCUCCGAACCAGGGAGCACACCACCAGACCCCACCUAAGGCACCUGGACCAUCCAUGCCUCACACCUCUCCACAGAACAGACCAAACUACAAUGUGAGCUUCUCCAAUAGGGGUGGAGCAUCACCCGGGGGCACUGGAGCGAAAACACAACCUAACAUGGGAACAAGGCCAAAGGUUUUGGACGCUAAUUUCGAUGACCUGCUCUCCGGUCAGGGCUUUGCUGGGGGCAAGGACAAAAAAGGGCCAAAAACCAUAGCAGAGAUGAGAAAAGAAGAGAUGGCAAAAGAGAUGGACCCAGAGAAACUUAAGAUCCUUGACUGGAUUGAAGGGAAAGAGAGAAACAUCAGAGCGUUGCUGUCCACCAUGCACACAGUGCUUUGGGAGGGGGAGACACGCUGGAAAACUGUAGGCAUGGCUGACCUCGUCACACCAGACCAGGUGAAGAAGGUUUACCGCAAAGCUGUGCUGGUGGUACACCCUGACAAGGCUACUGGCCAGCCAUAUGAACAAUAUGCCAAGAUGAUUUUUAUGGAACUUAAUGAUGCCUGGUCAGAAUUUGAAAGCCAAGGACUGAAGGCACUAUACUGAGACUUAAAAUCCAGAAAGUCAUCAAGGAAGACCCCAAAUCUAAAUAUGAUCGCAACCAGUCAACAGCUCCUUCCCACUUCAGACAUCCCGCAACCCCCCACAGCCCGUGAAACACAUCUUCUGCCCAACCUCCAGUAUAAAUGUGUGUCUCUUUAUCUAUUUAUCAGGUCAGAUCAUGCGAUAAGCCAACCUAACCAAUGUUUUGAUAAGACCGCUAUUUAAAUGAUAGCCUUCAACUUCAUUCCAUAGCAUUUGAUCGCCUCAUAGAGUCAAGGUUGUGUCUUUACAGAUAUAUUUAACAGCUGUAAAGUCAUCGUUGAAUAUCUGAUACAAAUGAGUACAAAUGCAGAGGAAUCUCGGAUGAGAGGGGAAGCACUUUAACAAAUAGAAAAACGUAUCCAGAUUCUCUAGGAUCAAUUUUCCAAAACACCUGUGAAAUAUGUAAGUGGGUCUCAGGUUUUUCCACUCCAGAGGUAAGAGGUUUAGGCAAAUAUGCACAAACGAAAGAAGACUUUUGAAGCCUUGCAUCAACAUCUUGUAUCAUGUAACGUUAUUCUUUCGGAAGCUAGGAAUUUACCAGUAAAUAAGUGCAUUGGAGUACAUACAUUUUUUAGUGGGUAAAAGCACAAUGAAAAGACUAAGAAAUGUGCGUCAUGCAGCUAAUAAUAUUCUGUUCCUUCUGAAUCUGUGUUUGCGGGUUUCAGACUACAUUUCAAAAACAUUGAAUUUGAUCCGUUUAGAGGAGCAGAUGUACUUAGUAGAUAUUUGAUCUGUCUGUAUAUGUUGCACACAGUUUUCAAUCAUGAACGGUUAAGAAAAAUUGUUUAUUUAUGUAGUAAAAAAGGUAAAGUAGAUAGUAUGAAAAUGUAACUUGACAAGACUUCCAUUCUGAUCUACUGUAUACAAGAUGAACUCUUUAUGUCGUCUCAACAUACACAAUUUAUGUUAACCUGAUGUAAUAUAUUUUUUAACUGGUUAACGGUGGUGCCCUAAUGAAUUAAUCACAUUCAUACAACAAUAUGUUUUUAACUUAUUUAAAGACAGAAACUGUUGCUUUUUUCAAGUACUUUUGUCUGCAUUCACAGACUAUGUUUACUGAAUUGAAUUUGCUUUUAAUCUAUGUUCUCUUAUUCCGGAUUCUGCAUUUUUGAUGAGACUACUGAUAAAUAAUGUUAUUGAAAAGGGUUAAAAAAUGACAUCAUUUCAAUGAUCCAUGGUUGUCUUGUAAACCGAUUGAACAUAUCCUGUGGAUCAUAACUUUCAUAUUUUCAACAGCUGGUUUUCAAUAUGAACUCACAUUACCAUUAGGCAACAGCAGUGGAUCGAUCUUGAAAAUCCAGCUCCGUUUCGCCCAUCUUGGUAUCCACGCAAUGUACUGCAUGUUCGACUGUAAGCGGCACAUAGUCCAGCCGAAGUUUCUAGAGUGUUCAGCCACUAAUCUGCCCUUUCUCUUCUCAGUAUAUUUGCACUUGAAUGGUAUUAGGUAAAUACAGCACACACUUGUGCCGAAACUUGCAGUACCUGCUGUACAUCUCAUUCAUGCUUCCUCUUUUUUUUGUGCUUUGGAUCACACAGUGAUAUGUUUACUGUCAAUGAUCUUUCCCAUCAUAAAGAGCAGUGCUGAAGACUUCGAUGCACAUAAUGGAUAAAGACAACUAUCUUGAACUGAUGAUGCCGUGUAUCCACAACAGAGCCCCAACCCUUGUGAACUGAGCUGUUAUCUAGAAACUUAGGAUAUCAUAUGUUCAAAAACUAACCUCUGUAUACAGUAGUGAAUGUGUGGUGUUCUCAAUAAUGAUGUUUUCUGUAAGGAAGUGAUAAGAUUCGGAUACAGCUCUGUGUUUGUCCGCUGUAUCAGUGUUAUUGUGAGAUAAAUUUGUUUUUGUGUGUUUUUUUUUGUUCUCCAUAUGGAUCUGUAUAUAUGAUGAUGUGCGUUGCACAAAUAAAUGGGAAAAAAACGUG